GCUGCCGAAGGGGGCGGGCGCGCGCAGGAGGAGUAGAGGCGUAGGGGGGCGGGGGACGGCUCGCUUGCUCGCAAGAUGGCGGACGAGGACGGGGAAGGGAUUCACCCCUCAGCCCCUCACCGGAAUGGAGGCGGCGGCGGGGGGUCUGGGCUCCACUGCGCCGGGAACGGCGGCGGGGGAGGCGGCGGCCCGCGGGUCGUGCGCAUCGUCAAGUCCGAGUCCGGCUACGGCUUCAACGUGCGGGGCCAAGUGAGCGAGGGCGGGCAACUGCGGAGCAUCAACGGGGAGCUGUACGCGCCGCUGCAGCAUGUGAGCGCCGUGCUGCCCGGGGGGGCGGCCGACCGCGCCGGGGUGCGCAAGGGGGACCGCAUCCUGGAGGUGAACGGCGUGAAUGUUGAGGGGGCGACACACAAGCAGGUGGUGGACCUGAUCCGAGCAGGAGAGAAGGAAUUGAUCUUGACAGUGUUGUCUGUACCUCCUCAUGAGGCUGACAACCUAGACCCCAGUGACGACUCCUUGGGACAAUCAUUUUAUGAUUACACAGAAAAGCAAGCAGUGCCCAUAUCGGUCCCCACAUACAAACAUGUGGAGCAGAAUGGUGAGAAGUUUGUGGUGUACAACGUUUACAUGGCAGGGCGGCAGCUGUGUUCUAAGCGGUACCGGGAAUUUGCCAUCCUGCACCAAAACCUAAAAAGAGAGUUUGCCAACUUUACGUUUCCUCGACUUCCAGGAAAGUGGCCAUUCUCAUUAUCAGAACAACAGCUAGAUGCCCGGCGUCGGGGAUUGGAAGAAUAUCUAGAAAAGGUGUGUUCCAUCCGAGUCAUUGGUGAGAGCGACAUCAUGCAGGAGUUCCUGUCAGAGUCUGAUGAGAAUUACAAUGGUGUGUCUGAUGUAGAGCUGAGAGUAGCAUUACCGGAUGGAACAACAGUUACUGUCAGAGUUAAAAAGAACAGUACUACAGACCAAGUAUACCAGGCUAUCGCAGCAAAGGUUGGCAUGGACAGUACAACAGUGAAUUACUUUGCCUUAUUUGAAGUGAUCAAUCACUCCUUUGUACGUAAGCUGGCACCUAACGAAUUUCCUCAUAAACUCUACGUCCAGAAUUAUACGUCUGCUGUACCAGGCACCUGCCUGACGGUUCGCAAGUGGCUCUUUACAACAGAAGAAGAAAUCCUCUUAAACGACAAUGACCUUGCUGUUACGUACUUCUUUCAUCAGGCUGUGGAUGAUGUAAAGAAAGGUUACAUUAAAGCAGAGGAGAAGUCUUACCAGUUACAGAAGCUAUAUGAACAAAGGAAAAUGGUCAUGUACCUCAACAUGCUGAGGACUUGUGAGGGCUACAACGAGAUCAUCUUCCCACACUGUGCCUGUGACUCCAGGAGGAAGGGGCAUGUUAUCACGGCCAUCAGCAUCACGCACUUCAAACUUCAUGCCUGUACUGAAGAAGGACAGCUGGAGAACCAGGUAAUAGCAUUUGAAUGGGAUGAGAUGCAGCGAUGGGACACAGAUGAAGAAGGAAUGGCCUUCUGUUUUGAAUAUGCACGAGGAGAGAAGAAGCCUCGAUGGGUUAAAAUCUUCACACCAUAUUUCAAUUACAUGCAUGAAUGCUUUGAGAGGGUGUUCUGCGAGCUCAAGUGGAGAAAAGAGGAAUAUUAGUUAGAGACUGAUUAUCCCAUGUGAGCCAGGACUUUCUCGCAGCGAGGCUGGCCUCUGGAUGGUGAAUGGGCUCUGCAAAAACAGCCCGGCUUCUUCCCUGUGUAGAGGGUGGACACUGGCUGCAGGCUCUCCCAUCUCUCAUGACUUCAUGGACCCUCUUCUACUUGUUUGAUUGAUUUUUGUUGUUGUUGUUUUAAUCAAAUAACCCUCCAUGUUGUUGCUGACCCAGGAGAGCUCCUGCCCUGAGCUUAGCCAUCUGACUGGAUAAGUCACAGUACAGUCCUUCUUCACUAACCGAGAACAUGUAUGUGGGGGAAAUUUGUUGCUACUCAGUGCUGGAGCAGAAUUUAGAAGACUCUGUCAAAAUACUUAGCUACUUAUUCUCAAAGAAAAUCAGGAAGUGAAUAGGUCCAGUCAGUCAUGUGGAAGUUGAUGUUCUUGCUAUAGUAGAAAGAACACUGGGCUCUGGAAGUCAUCUGGGAUUUCUCCUGCUUCUUUUAUCUGUGAUUUGGGCAAAGCAACCUCCUUAGAUCUGAAUUGUCUCUUGUAACAGGAAGACUGAGCCAGGUGGUCCUAUUGAGAGUCCUCCAUGCUCAGAGGCUGUGGUUCUGAGUGGGAAGUGGAUCCAGUUGUCAGCCAGGCUUGCUGCUCCUGCUGUGUGUGCGGGCUGUCUCCAGACUGGAGGCCACACUGCUCCUCAGUAAUUCUUCUUUUCUUUUCCUUUCAGAAUAUUUUCCAGAUGACGAGGUCACAGCAGAGGGAUGUGGCCACCUAGCCUUGCCUCAUCCCUUCCCUUCUCCUUGUCCUCAUCCUCUUAGCCUUUUGUCUCCCAUGCCAGACAGUAACCAUUAACACAAAAGAAGAAAAAAAGUCAUACAUCCCAAAGUCCUAAGCUAAAUAUUAUUAAUACUUCCCUGUGAAUUUCACAUCUCUGGAACUGAGCUGGUAGAGAAGAGCAGGUUGAUAGUGCCAGAAGUCCACUGAGAUCAGACAGAAAUAAGGCCAACCAACUCGCCAAAGGCAUCUUGGUCGUUUUCUGGGCCUCAUACCAACAGACUCUCCUUGUACUAUAUUUUUAAAACUGGAACUAUGAACUCCAUCCAUUUGCACUGUUCAAGCAUAUAUAUGUAUGUAUGUAAAAAAUUAUAUAUACACAAAUUAGCUGCACGUAUAUACAUAUAUAUUUCUUUUUAAAUUUCAUAUUGAUGGCAGUACCUUUUUUAGCUUGUGUUUUUACACACCUUCACUGAUUCAUGAUCUCUCUCUUGCUCUCUUUAUUUUGAAACAAACUUUAAAAAGGAAAAAAAAUUACAGGGAAAAUACCUCUCCUCAUGAAGGACUCGAAAAGUUUACAACCUGCUUGGGUUUUCCCCCCUUUUUGUAUCGAGUACAGUUUCUGGCUGUUGGUUUGCCAGGGAGUCUGAGGAGCAAGGAGUGUAGUGUCUUUAUCUUCAAGAGGGUGCUGAGAGGAGAACGACUGUUUCUCAAGAGCAGUGAGGCUGCACGUCUGCAGGGACUCUAAAGAUCCAUGGUCUCAGUUCCAGGUCAUCUUCCUGGUCCGUCGCUCCCACUGUGACUCACUAGUCCAUUCUGCAUCUCCUUCCUGUUUCUUUAGGGCCCGAAACAGAGUUGAGGGUAGUCUCAGGAAGCUGUUCUCAUAGGCAGCUCUUCUUCUGCGACAGGGAUAGUAUUGGAGACUGGGAGUGAAGCUUGACAUCGGAGGCACAAAGGUUGGACGUGUGGAGGGAAGGAAGGAGGCAGUGCCUCAUAUCUAUAAGGGUUUUACCUCCUCCAUUCCUGUCCCGUAACCACCUAUGUUUUACAUCCUCCAAGACUUCCUGAGACAGUUGUCUGCGAGGGAGUGGCUUGGGUAAACUUAGAGUCUGAGUCUCUGUCAACCAUAGUCCUACUCAUGCCAGCUAAGGGCCCAGGAAGAGGUGGAAAUAUGCUUGAUGUUGGUUGAUUCCACUUUCUACUUCAAAGGGGACUGGAGAGAAGUCUCUCAAAGAGUUCUUCAUCUGGGGCUGGGGCUGGGGCUGGGGCUGGGCCUGGGCCUCAGUCGGUAGAGUGCUUGUCUAGUAUGCAUAAAGCCCUAGGUUCCAUUCCCAGCACCACAUAAACCUGGGUGAGGCAGUGCACACCUGUAAUCUCAGCACUUAGGAGGGGAGAACAGCAAGGUCAGAAGUUCAAGCCCAUCCUCUGCUAAAAUGUGAGCUCAAGGCUAUCCUGGAUUCCAUGAGACUCUCUCAGAAGUAGAAGAGGUUCUUACCUACCCUUGCAUUUAGACUUCCUAGGACCUAAGAACUACAUUUGGGACACAGGCCAGGGCUGGCACUAGGGUAUUAUUCUCAGACCUUGAGUUCCUGCUUCCCUGUUUUACCUUCCAAAUAGAAGCCUCCAUAGGCUGGCAUCCUUGGCUUUAUGUAGCUAGAAGGCAGCCAGAAUUGGGUGUAGUUGGCAGUGUUGGGUUUGGUUUAAAGUUUCUUUCAUACUGAUUUUGCAGAUUACUAUGAGGCCACUUUUCUGUCUCUAUAAUUCUGGUAGCCAUUUGUCUCAGGAAGGUGUGAACCUUUUAAGACAGCCUAUUCCUUCCCUCUCUGUGGGACCACAAAGUAUAAAAUAUAAGAAUGGGGAGUGUUUAAAGUUGAAGAAGAUAAUACUUGUUUUGAAGGCUUUAAUCCAGGAUCAACUCUUCUGGCUUUAAUAAUGUCUGAGUACCUUAAAAGUAGAUGCAUUGAUUUCUACUCCAAGAUGCUUUGGAGGCCAUCUUUGUUCAAACUAUAAAAAUAGCAACAGUGUGCCCCUGUUCCCUCAGCGGGAGAGGCAUGAAGGAGUCUAAUGAGAGCUUUCAGAGUAGAGACAGGGCUUUCUGGAGGUCCCGAAGAAUGAGCCCCAAAGGUGUUGUCCUGUUAACAGAAUCUGUGUAGGAGCAGAGCUGCCUUGAGGCAGUUUCAUAGCUGCAGCCAGGAGAUGGGAAGGAGGAGACCCAUAAGGCUCACAGUGGGGCUGCAGGCAUGGAGGCCACAGGAUCAAGCCCCUCUGCAUGAAGCUGUGUUAGAUGUAACUCUACUCCACCCCAUCUCCACCCCCAUUUCCCCUGCACUCCCUUUCUCCAACCCCUACUAUGGUUUUUAGUCCUGGCUUCUGCCCAGGGUGGCAUCUACCCAGUCUUCUUUUGCAGCUUAUCUCUGAGAAAGGGAAUCCCCCUCCCCAGCUUCACCCCAGCAGGAUCUUCCUGGUCUCCCAUUGUUUCCUCCAUGUUGAGUUUCUAUUCUCUGAGACAAAAAUUCAAGAGUUUUUUUAUGGACCCUGAGAAACUUGGCCCUGUAGGAAGCUUUGCUUGGGUAGUGCUUUGAGCUUGCCGCUCUUUGUACUUUUAUCCUGGUCUCCAUUUUUCUGCCCUCCCCAUGCUGAGGCCUAAGCUCAGCACAGCUACAGAUAUAUUAGUGCUCAGGGCAGCUCCGAGGCCUGGACAGAGCUCUCAGGGAGGAACGAGAUCAGUAUUCCAGCAUCCUCUUGCCUGCCCAUUUAGUUUUAUUUUUUAGUUUCCUGGGCCAGUAGCUUUGAGUUAUCCUCUUUUAUAGCUCCAAAUCCAGUGCUUGGAGCAGCAGAGUAGGGCACUGAUAAGAGGGGACACCUCUUUCAUCUCAGAAUUUCCAGCUUAAGGGCCAGCUCCUAGAAAGCGGUUUUCUUAAAGGGACCUGAAUGCAUAUGAGUUGUCCUCCAGUCUCCAGGACGGGAGGGUCUCCCUGCUCUCCUGUCCAUUAUGCUGUCUGGGGCAGGGAAUGGCCUCAGCACACUGCUGCUCCUUCACCAGUUUUAUGGGUUACUUUAACUUCCUUUUGGAGGAGGGGGAGUGUCUAAAUACUCAGAGCUGGAGGGAGGAGGCUAGGAGAAUGCCUCUUUAGCCCUCCACCUUGGGUUCCUCUUAAUCUAACCCUGAUUGCAUCUGCCAGGCCUCCUUUACCUAGACAGCAGCAGCUUCCUCAGUAGUAACUGAGGGUGUGUGGAGACUGGGCUCUGAAGACGGCCUGACGCUGGUGGGAGCUCUUGGCCAGCUGCUAAACACGGGUGCCAACUUGAUACCACGCCCCCCUUAAGCCAGUUCUUCCCAGGCCGUGCAUCCUUUAAUUUAUUUGAGAGAAGCUCUAAUUGUAUGUUCACUGCAGUGUCUUUUGUUUUUAUUUGUGAUUUAUGAAAUGUGAAGAGAAAAUGCAGAGACCACACCGGCUCCAGGGUUUCUCCAGCCCCUGCUCUAGAGCUAACCACUCUAAGAUUGUUUGGUAAUGUCACUUAGUGUAAUUAAUUGUAACAUAUUCUUUUAAAUAAAUUGAUUUAUUGAUGAAACAA